GCUGGAUCGCAGUUUCCUCAGUUCAUCUCGCGCGCUGCCGCUUCAGUCUCCGCUGUUUCCCGCGGAUCUCUCGCGCUCUUCAUCUGUUCACUGUGUUUCUCUGUGGAUUUCCUCUGGAGAUGUUUGUGUGCGGACGCACCUCGUUCCGGCAGCUGCAGGCGUGCUUUUUCCGACUGCUGUGUUUUAUUCCCACAGGAUUCCCGGUGAUCAGCGUGGACAGCCAGAGAUCCACCGACAACAUCACCAUCAGACAGGGAGACACCGCCGUGAUCCGGUGUUAUGUGGACGAUAAGGUGUCGAAGGUGGCCUGGUUGAACCGCUCUAACAUCAUCUUCGCGGGUGAGGAUAAGUGGUCUCUGGACCCGCGGGUGGAGCUGGUGACUCAGGGUCAGCUGGAGUACAGUCUGAGGAUACAGAAGGUGGAUGUGUUCGACGAGGGCCCGUAUACCUGCUCCAUCCAGACCAAACAGCAGCCCAAGACGUCACAGGUCUAUCUCAUCGUUCAAGUUCCUCCAGUCAUCUAUAAAGUUUCGGAAGACAUCACUAUAAAUGAAGGCAGUAACGUGACGCUUACGUGUUUGGCCAAUGGGAGGCCAGAUCCCUCCAUCACCUGGAGACUGCUCAACCCGUCAGCCGAGGCUCUGGACGUCGGAGAGUAUCUGGAGAUCUCUGGGAUUGUUCGCUCUCAGGCCGGACGUUACGAGUGUAAAGCGAGCAAUGACGUCUCCGCUCCUGAUGUCAAAUAUGUCAGCGUGGUGGUGAACUACCCGCCGUACAUUAAGGAGGUGCGGAGCGCCGAGACGCCGGUGGGACAGGCUGGAGUCCUGCACUGUGAGGCGUCUGCGGUUCCUCAGCCGGAGUUUGAGUGGUACAGAGACGAGCGCAGACUGUCCAGCUCUCAGAGCGUCAGUAUUCAGAUCAGCGGCUCUCGCACACUGCUGGUGGUCGCAAACGUCACGGAGGAUGACUACGGAAACUACACGUGUGUCGCCACCAACAGACUGGGAGUCCACAACGCCAGCGUGUUCCUCUACAAACCUGGCACUGGGCGGGACAUCAAUGCCUCAGGCUGCGUCUGUCAAUCAUUCUGGCUCCUCCUCCUGUCUGUUCUCCCAGUUCUUCUGAAGUGUUAAUGUUCAUCACAGAUGCUCUGAUCGUCUCAGACUGUUUCCAUCUGUCCAUCCACGCUCACCGUUACGCCCCGACAGGACGACCGUCUUCUUAUCAGGAAAAAAUUAUGACAUGGAGAAAAGAAAGAAGGUGCUCUUUUUAAGACAAGAAUAUUGUCAUUUAACCAGAUCAAGCACUUAUUUUCCAGUGACGCCCGUCUGUCUGUCGUCUGAGUGCAUGUGUGUGAUUUACCACAGAAACCCAGAGUGGAAAAUGGUUCAUUUCAUUGUGUUUUCCCAUAAUACUCUGCAGCCUGCUCCAAAAUCUGCCUAAUGUAAACUAAUGAAGGAGAGCUAGAAUCAUGUAAAGUCUUUUAGAUAUGGUUUAGGAAUAAUGACUAGCCGAAGGGACUGGAACACAGUACUCUCUACUGAAUCUUCCAGAUUCUCUGAGAUCAGAACAAUCAUGUGAUGUGUGAGACUCUCCCGGCCGUCUGUGUUUGUUAUGAUGGAUCAGAGAAUCAGACCCGCCCCAUAAACCCCGCCCACACGUGUAGCCCCACCCACUAACACUAAACCCCUCCCACACCAGGUGUUUCUUCAGGGUUCCUGUAAAAACCUGGAUUCUCUUGUCAUGAAAAACUGUUCUUCUGGAGGGAAGCCUGUAGAAUGCUGUGGGAUGAUUUUUACCGUGUCCUGAACCUCGUCUUCUGCGUCUCUGUGAAAACUCUGAAUUGUACGACACCAAUGAAUGCUUCGCUUCGAUUCGCUGCUCAUCCCGUCGCGUCUGUCGUCUGUAAAUACUCGUUUAAUCGAAUGUCCUCACAUGGAAACGAAACGAAUCUUCAGUUCAGGUCUCUUCAUUAGUUAAUUAUCUGCGGUGGCGCUUUGAUGCUUCCUGUAACAAACUGAAAUUAGAUACUAAACAAAGAUUUUUAAUACAAAUAUUUAAAUAUCUCGUUCUAAAACUAGAUUUACCUUUGUAGCGGCUGCACUACUAUUCUUAUUUAUAGAUAUUGAUCAUUCCUGUUCAUUAGUUAUUAUAAAAGUAGUUGGACAGAAAUGAGCUGAAUCCACUGACUGCCAAACAAUUCGAGAAAACGAUAUAAAAAAGACAUUUUAGAGAUGAUUUACAAGCACACACGUUUGUUUUCUUUGUCGUAUAUAUUGUGAAGCGUCCGUCCCUGAGUUUUUAUUUUAUUUUUAAGCUCUCAAAGAGCAGGUUGUGUGUACUGUACACAUUUAAAAGGUA